AUGACUUUCAAACGAUUUCAGGUGAUUAUGAACAGCCUUCAUUUCAAUAACAACGAACUUGAGAAGAAACGCGGAGAAGACGGCUUUGAUAAGCUGGCAAAAGUGAAACCUCUCGUCACUGCCUUGAGCGAAAGGUUCCUGAGAGAAUAUGCGCCGUCAACGCAUCAGUCCAUCGACGAGAGUAUGAUACCGUUCAAAGGACUGUCUUCACUAAAACAGUACAUGCCAAUGAAACCGAUGAAACGAGGCUAUAAAGUUUGGUGUAGUACUGAUUCCGAGACUGGCUACCUACUAGAGUUCCAGAUAUACGAGGGAAAGGAUACCAAGCGACCCCCCGAUCUCUCCUUGGGCGAACACGUCAUUUUAUCCCUUUCACAUCACAUGGAAGAGAACAGUCAGUUGUUUUUUGACAACUAG